ACACAAUACUGUAGCCUAUAUCCUGAAUGUAGCUUAUGUCCUCAGCUGUAAAAACACAAUACUGUAGCCUAUAUCCUGAAUGUAGCCUAUGUCCUCAGCUGUAAAAACAGUACAGGCUAAGCGAUAAGUGCCCGAACACCGUUUCCAUGGAAACGUAAACAAAACGGUGGCAGUGAUUGCUUUACAUAACCUCGCUUACAGGCACACAAACCAAGCGCAAUAACUGGCGCCUCUAACAGAUGCAUUAUUUUUAUAAUCUAGCCACCAAAAUGGACUUGAACAAUAUAAGGCGUGUAUCCUCUGCGGGUUACCGGUUACCAGAACGAUCCGAUGGAACCAGACCGAAGACAACCCAGCCACCUGCGGACAGAACGCGCUACGCUAAAGGAGACGCGGUGUCCUUGGAGCAAAAUCCAGACAAGAGAGAUCCCGUUAAACAGGACCAAGUGUGGAGAGAGCUGGUAUGGAGAGAGGUGAGAGGAGUGCGGGAAUGGGAGAAGAACUGGAGCUUUCUCAGAAACUAUGACCCGAUGGGACAGCUAAAGACAGAAGAGCCUUUACCCAGCUAUGUGUCACUCUUUUCCGAUUGCAUCCCCAACACCACCAACCAGAUGUUUGGCAGCAGGUUGUCCACUCCACUGGGAAGUGAACUGCUCAAACUGGAUAGGCUGCUACUCUGGUCUGAAAGCCAUCACAAGCACAAGCUGGAUCCAGAGAUGCUGCCCUGCUAGACCAUGAGACAAAGCAGUUCACAUCUGUACCUCAGCACAUCAGAGUUAGUUUUUUAUUUUUUUGUUCAUUUAGUUUUUUUUGUUUUGCUGUUGUUUCAAACUAUACUGUCCUUAUGAGGAGCUCAGAUUGAUAUGGCAGUGGGUGUUUUUUCCCUUUCUUUCUUUAAGGUUUUUGUUAUUGUAAUGCUGAGGGAAUUGGUUGAAAAAAACAGCAAUAUGUUCAGAAGCCAUUUCAGGGAAUGUGUCAGGAGUAAUAAGAAAAUUAUCUUUGCUGUACUACAUUGUAUUCAUAUUCAGUUAUUCACUGAUCAUGUCUUAUAAUUUCUGUGUCGUUAUAGGUUUGGGUGGUUUAUUUGUGGCAAAAAUGCUACAUGCAAAGAGUGUAAACCUUAUUGUGAAAGUCAUUUCACUGAUAAAGACAAGAAGGGGAGACAUUGGCAGAUCAUAUUCCUGUCAUCCAAGCUCUAUCAUGUGUUUAAUCAGAUACUUGAUCAUCUAACAACACACCUGAUUAAAGUUGAAUGAAUAAUAGGUUUCACUACUACAUUUCUCUGCAGAAACCUGGCUAGACAGAGAGUAUUGCAGGGACUCACAAUAAACAAGCAAAAGAGAAAAUAUAAUGCUUGAAACCAGGCUUAAAGUGGUUAAAUAUCCUUGUUACAUGUUUUAGGAUGUCUAAACCACUGUUCCAUGGUAGGGCCAUGAAACUACUUUUUAUUUCAUAAUGAUGUAGCUCAUACCCACCUGCACUUUAUGUGAAUGGUAGCACAUCUCAAAAUGCCAUUCUUAAAGCUAUGAUAACACUGUUGUAAAUCACACUGCCCCUUUGCCUUAACUGCAAUAACAAUUUUGGUUCCUAGUGAAUUUGAAGCUUGUAUCUUCAGAUGGAUGAUAAUGUGGAUGUUGCUAUUAUCAGGUCAAUGUCCUGUUCAAAUAAAGAUUUUAAAG